CAGUCUGCUAACAUUGAAAGACCCAAUAUGAAAUACCGGGACAGCUUCAUAUUUUACUUGUAAUCUCGAAGUCAGAGCGACAGAUAACUUGUAGAUGUCACGUGGUAACGUACUAGAAACAACCGACAUUCACUUGCAUUCAGCUCAGCUUCUCGCAGGCUCACGACACAGACCUCCAGCUAAGUAUCCCAGUAGACAGUGAUUGCAGAUAUGGCAGAUACAGCUCCAAACAGCAUCCUGAAGAUUGUUAUCAUCUCCGGUCUUGUAAUUUCUGCUCUUAAAGUAUCCCAUGAUGCUGUUCAAGAUACUUUCAAAAAUUUGGACAAGGAUCACGAUGGCAUACUGCACGAGAAGGAAUUCUUUUCUUUUUUUGACUCCAUCGACACAAACGGGGAUGAUUUUUUGAGUCAUGACGAGUUUACAGGUGCUGAAGAAGCUACCUUAAAAGAGAAAACCAUCGCCAUCUUUAACUUUUACGACAGGCUUGAUGGAACUGUAGACCAAAGAGUUUCUCGAAAACUUCCACACAUCAUGUUUAGCCGUCUAGACCAUGACGGAAACGGUGAAAUCCCGUAUUCGGAAUAUCAACACUCCUACCCACUGUUUCAAAAAGAGUUGGUAAGGGAGCUGGAGCACACUUUCGGACAUCAAUUUGACGAAGAACACUAACUGCAGGAAGGACAAAUAACAGUUUGAAUGUUUAAAACGUUGAUGUAGCUUUUAGCUCUGUGCGUUUAACUGAUGUGUUGGAAAGGUGAAGCGACUUUUAAUAAUAAAUGAACAGUUUCUGGAUCCUU